UCUCCUGCAGCUUGAACUGGUUUUAAUUCUGCAAAGGUUUAUACGGGGCUCUGUUGCACGUAAUUUGGAGUUACACUAAGGAAUGCGAGGCAAUAUUACAUUAGGCUGCCCAUGGAAUGAAACAGCAUGAUCUCUAAAGAAACACAAAAACCAAAGAGAAGGCAAAGUAUGAACUAAGGCAACUGGCAAACGUUUAGCAACAGGAUAACACAGUGUGCAGAGGGCCUUAAAUAUUGUUGAGGCGAUGGAGGCUCACAAGAAAGAGAUGGAAUUCCUUAGUAACAGCAUUGCAGCCUACGCUCACAUCCGAGAUAACCCAGAAUCAUUUGGUCUUUACUUUGUUCUUGGAGUCUGUUUUGGAUUGAUAUUAACCCUCUGCUUACUCGUGAUACGCAUUUCCUGCAAACCUCGGACUCCCAGUCGGCCUUUAAAACCAAAGGCAACCCCACCUAAGGAUUGCACCAAGGAGCCACUUUCUGUGGUUAGUGUUGAUGACGAUGAUCCAGAUAGUGAUGACAAUGAGGAAACAUUCAUCCUGAAUCCUGUGACAGAAACUCCUCUGGGUAACUCAUCACCUGUGGAUGGCACACUGUCAGUUAAUGUUUUCACAUCAGCAGAAGAAUUGGAGCGUGCUCAGAGGUUAGAGGAGCGAGAAAGAAUAAUCCGAGAGAUAUGGCGUAAUGGACAACCUGAUAUCCUGGGUACAGGAGCUGGCACAAUAGGCCGUGUACAUUACUAUUGACAAAAGUGUGAUUGUUGCUUUUGUUGUAUAUUGGUGCUGAAACUCAACCUCAGUGGUGAAAAACUGCCCAGCAUGGUGGUGCUAUCUAUGAAAAUCUGGGUACCAGUAGAUGGUACUAAAUGAAAGAACUGGCAAAGAAAGCAAUACAGUUACCCAGAUUGACCACUGCUAUGCAAUGGAAUGUGUCACAAACAACAGUUCUUGUUCAUGCAUGUUCAGGGCAUUAGAGUUGGCACUGCUGGAGGAACUAGCAUUGUAUAGAAUGUUAACGCCAAUAUCAGUUAAAACUGAUUGGCAUUAUUCUGUGCCUUCUGACUACAGUUUAAACUGGUGUCCAACUGGAUGACCAAACAUCUUUGGAGCUAGAUCUCAUGGAUAUGGAUUAUUUGAAUGACUAUGACUGGUACAGAAAGUGUCAUUACCAAAACUGGCAAAAUAUUCUUACUGAAUUUUUCGUGGUGCCCAGGAACAGCUGAACUGAAUUAUCCUUCUCAUUUACAUUAGUUUUGCUAGUUUGCGAUAUGCACUGACCCCGUCAUUGCAAUAUAUAGGAAAAGUCACUCGAGCAUAUUAUACUGCAUGUGAUAUGGGUUCUUUCUGUCUGCGCAGUAGAAAGCUGGGCAAAACCUAGGUGCAAAGAUAAUUCAGUAUCAUAACUUCAUCCUCAAUGUUUGUUGUAUGUAGUUAACAAACAUCAGAUGUUUAAUAUUGUCUUUUCAGUUUUUUAUAUUUAUGGAGGGACUAUUGACAUCACACAUUCCCUGAAAAGAAUGCAAAGAAUCCUGGGAAAAAUAUCCACAGACUGGCAUUAAAUUCAUAAUGCUGUAUGUACUGAAUACAUGACACAAAAUUAUAUAUAAAUCAAUACAUGGAUACAUUCAUUGUAAUAUAUGUAUUUGUCCAUACAAUAUGUUUCAAUACAAAAAAAAUAAAUGUCUAAUGCUAUAGUUUAAAAGAAUUCUAAUAAGUGCAAAACAGAAAAUAAAUAGUCUAAAAAGCUUGUAUUUCUAUUUUAAAAGCAAAGAUAUCUUUUUGCUUUGCAAUGACAAAAGAGAAUACUGGCUUCAGCUAUAAAUAUCAAAACUAAAGUAUUGCAAAAUAAACUCUAAAAAGUGGCAGCAUAUUCAGAUUUAUGUGGUCAUCCUUGGAUUCCAGUGUUAUAUAUGAUCCCAGGGGUGGAUACAGUUCACAGCAAUAAGCUGUAAACAUUCAGUGUUCUGUAGUCUGUGGAUAUUUGUUGAACAGGAUAUAUACUGUGAUGAUGUCAAAUUCCUUUUACAUGCAGUACAUAACUCCUGCUGUGCCUUCAUUUUAACUUAACUGUUUUGCUGCAAGUGGACUGCAACCCCAUUUGUAGUGAUGUUCUGCACAGAAAAUUGUAAUAGGACUUUCUGACUUGCAUCAUUCCAAAACAUCUGCUUUUCUUCUUAUUCCCCUGCAGUGUGGGAACAGUGGUAAAUUAAAUUUCAUUCCUAAAUGUCCCCUGGGAUUAAAAGAACAUUCCACAUUAACAUUAAUUGCAGCCACAUGGGAAAAAAGCAGGAAAUUUUGUUUUUUUGUUGUUUUUUUAUACUUAAUUUAAAAUACUGAUGUGAGUAUAGUUAAAGGUCGGUGCAGUGCAAGAUUUGUAUAGGAGUAAGUUUGUAUUCUCAGAUAAGUAGAAAGAAGAGAUGAGAGUUAUGUUUCUUGUCAUCUGUGUUACAAGGAAUUGAGAGGCGAAUAUCCUCAAGUGUAUAUUAGAGGAAGGUGACAUGUAAAGGAUUUUAUUAUGGAUAUAUAUGAAACCCAAACAUUUCCUUUUGUGAUUCAGACAGAGGGGCAUAUUUAUCAAACUCCGUACUGAGCUUGAUGCCCCGUGUUUCCGGCGCGAGCCUCUGGAAACAGAUGUUUUGAAGCAGCGAUCUAAAGACCGCUGCUCCAUAACCUGUUUGCCUGCUCUUAAGCGGCGGACAGACAUCACCACAAAUCAACCCGAUCGGAUACAAUUGGGUUGAUUGACACACCCUGCUGGCUGCCGAUUGGCCACGAAUCUCCAGGGGGUGGCAUUGUACCAGCAGUUCACAAGAACUGCUGGUGCAAUGAUAAAUGCUGACAGCGUAUGCUGUCGGCAUUUAUCGAUGUGCAGCAGACCUGAUCCGCAAUAUCGUAUCAUGUCCGCUCGCGCUAUGAUAAUUAGGCCCCAGAGCAUAUCAUUUAAAAAAAGUUUCUAAUUUACUUCUAUUAUCAAAUUUGCUUCAUUCCCAUGGAGAUACCUAGGUAGGUACCUGGAGCACUAAAGGGCAGGAGAUUGUGCUGCCCUCUAGUGCUCUGGCAAAUGGAUAACAUUCUUGCAGAACUGCUGCCAGAAAUUGGCACGCUCUUAAGCUGACAUCCCUGUUGUUCAACAAAAAAUACCAAGAGAACAAAGAAAAAUAGGUAAUAAAAAAUAAUUAGAAAGUAGUUUAAAAUUGCAUGUUCUUUCUGAAAGAAAAAUUUGGGGUUUCAUAUCUUAAUGCCUCUGCAUAUUUGUUAAAAAUAGAAAAUGUUUGUUACAUUUGUUCAUUUUAAACACAUAUAACAUUUUUGCCUAACAUUUAUUUUUUGCCAAAAAAAAUCAUUUUCCCAUUUCUCCCUUUUUAACAUUUAUUUAUCAGAUGCAAUAUUUGAUGACUGAAUGUGACAUUCAAAUGAUGAUUAGUACUCAAAUAUUAUAUUGGCAUAUUUGAUUUUUACCUUCAAUAGUUGAAUCUUAACAUUUGAAAUUUCAGUGUUUACACAAGUUCUUUGGAAAUAGGUGAAUGAAAAAAACAAUGUUAAAGAGACUCUGGCGCUUGAUGCCCCCGUUUGCUCGCCGGAAACAGCAGUUAUGAAGCAGCGGUCUAAAGCCUGCUGCUCCAUAAAUGUAUCAUGUCCACUCGCACUUUCAUACAUCGGCCCCUAAGUGUAAAAAAUGUGUUUUGCCCCAUGCUAUGUGUAACUUGUAACCUAGGUUUUCAUACAGUAAAUGACAUAAAAAAUAUAUUUGAUUUGUAGCAUUUGCAGGUUACAGAAUUUUCUUUUUGGAGCGUGGGAUAUGCAGAAUGUUUACGGAAAGGCAAAGGCAAUUCAUGUCCAUUUAAAGGUAGUGUUGAUUCUACCAUUUAAAUGUAACAAUACAGACAUUUGCCAGUACCUGUUCCUGAUGUAUAUAUAUCAGAGGAUCUAAUAGAUAUUUGUUCUGUUGUCUGUAUGUUUGGAAGUAGUAUUUCCCCUAAUUAAUCCGUAUUACUAGAAAGUGAAUGGAAUAUAGCCCAAUGUUUAUGAUUUAUAAAAUAUAAGACGCAUGUGUCCCCAUGUCUCCAGGAUAGAGCGAGAGUCAUUUAUUCUUAUGUCUAUGUAUAAGAGAAUGUGAGACGUGUCCAGGUGUCUAUGUAUUAAGAGAAGGCAGAAAUAUAUGCUCUGUAAAGUUACCUCCCAACAUUUGCCUGAGAAGUUCCGGGACAGGGAGGUGAGGGGUACUUGUGGGCAAGGCCAACAUUGUAUUUGGUGGGCAAAGUCACAUCUGGAAGGGUCACUCUAGUGGUGAGCCGUGACAAAACCACAUAUGUCAUUGUCAGGGAUGGACAGUCAGGGAGUGUCAUCAGUGGAGUCAGGCCAGGCCCAGGAAACUGGGGGAUUUGCCCUGAUGGGGAAGUAGGCUGACCUCCCAACCUUUGAUAGUCAUGCAAGAUAUAGGAUGGUAGGGAGGUUUUGGUAAGUGUCCUUAUGUUGUCCUGUCUGGAGGACUUGAGAGGUGUGUGCUUUGAUGUCUGUGAGUAGGGGAGUGCUACAUACCUUGGUGUCUUUAUUAGAAGGAAAUUAGAUAUAUGUGUCCUGGUGUCUUUAUAUUAGGAGUUGAAAGGUUUGUUGUAUUCGUUGUAGGGAUAAAGUAAGUGUCCUGUUGUCUGUGUACAUGUCCUGAUGUCUCUGUAUUAUGAGGUGAAUGGUAAAUGUUCUCAUGGUUGGCAAUAGGAAGAGGGGAGAGAUAUGUGUCAGAUUCCUGUAUUUUAGGUUGAGUUGAGAGUUAUGUGUCCUGAUAUCUGAGUAUUAGGAUGUAAUUCUAAUGACAAGUGCAAAAUGUCCCUCGUGUGCAAUAAAUAUUAAGUGCUUAAAAAAAUGAAUGAAAGAAAAAAGCUUCCUUUGAAAAAAUGAUUGAUUUUACACAAAAGCUGUAUUUUUAGAGAUUUGUUUAUGAAUUUUAUGUGAUAGUUUUAUAUAUAUUUUUGGACUUCUAUUAAAAAUUCUCAAACGGU